GCCAGCCCUGGGGCCUACCUGGUCCUGAACUGCUGGGCUAGGGGGUCCUGCCCGUCUUUUCUCCAUCUAGGCAGAGUCGGAUCUCAGGAGCCAUGGCCCCUGGCAGAGAACGCCAGGCCCCAAUGAUGCAGAUGAUCCGGGGGUUGCCCCUGGCCUCCUCCCUUCUGUUGCUGCUUCUCUGCUGUCUGUGGGUGCUGGGGGCCGGCCCCAGCCUUGCCCUGGACCCAGACCUGCUGCUUGGACACUGGCAGGUGCACCGGCUGCUGACCUUCCCACUAGGCCACACGGCCCUCCCAGCCCUGCUGCUGAGCCUGCUCCUCUUCCCCACCCUGGGCUGGUACCAGGAGAGCCACCUUGGCACCCUGCGCUACGUGCACGCCUCGGCCCUGGGCACCCUGGCCACGGGGCUCCUCUACCUGCUCCUGGCAGGGCUCGGGGUGCCUGGGGCCGGCAGCGGGGGCUGUGGCUUCGCGCCCAUCCACCUGGCGCUGCUGGCAGCCCAGCAUCGGAGCCGGACGAGGCUGCCUGGCGGGGUGGUCCCGCCCUUGCUGCUGCUGGCCCUCAUGCACCUGGUGAGCUCCGAGCCCCCCUUCCUGCUGCAGCUCUGCGGCCUGCUCUCAGGCCUGGCCUACUCGGCCGGACUCUUCCGCCGGCUGGAGCUCUCGGAGCGCAGGCUGCAGACCCUGCAGAAGGCCAGAAUGUGCCGGGCGCUGGAGGGGAGCUGCCUGCUCUGCUUCAUCCCGGCCCCCGGCAGCCCCUUGGAGCUGCCCAUCGUCCGUCCAGAAGCUGGCCCGAGACACUCAGACCCUGGAGCUCUUGGGAAUUUGAUGCCCGGACUUUGGGCCUCGUCUCCGGCCCCGGCCCUUCUGACUCCUGGCCUGGGGCCCUCCCUGUUUGAGGCGUCCGUCUUUGAAGGCGUCCCCCCCGCGGGGACCCUGCAGUGGAGCCACGGAGAAAGCAUGGACGAUAACCUGCUCCAGGCCGCCAUCCGCGCUUCCCUUCAGGACGAGCCUGCGGGGGCCCCGGAGGAGCUGAGGCUGUCCAAGUCCUCGGUGUCCUCCCUGAGGCUCCAGCAGCUGGAGCGCAUGGGCUUCUCCACCGAGCAGGCCGUGGUGGCGCUCGCGGCCACGGGCCGCGUGGAAGGGGCCGUCUCGCUCCUGGUGGAGGGGCAGGUGGGCGACGCGGCCCAGGUGACGUCUGUGGGCCGGGAGGAACCUGCCGUGCCGUAAGGAGAGCCCCUCUCCCCGGGCUCUGCUCCAGGCCCCGUCGGUCCCCACCCCGCCCACGGCACGGACAGACACACAGAUGCACACACUCCCCCCGAAUAAAGUCCGUUCAUCUUUAAGAAAA